GGCAGUAAUGAGACACUGACGAGGGCAGCUGCCGUUAAAGCUACCGCAGAAGAAGAAGCAGACAAACUGUCGGGCGGUAGAGAAGCAGCCAUUGUUCAAUAUCUGCAGUAUUAACGAUGUGGGAUUUGUCUCCGUUCUCAGUGUCUCCAGCUGUGAGUCUGCUGUCCAGAUGUGUCUCAAGAGGAGUUCUGUCUCAGGAGCAAAUAGACUCCGCCUCCUCCAGGCUUAGCCCUGCGUUCUCCUCUGACCUGAAGGAGGCUGAACAGCGAAUCACAGCGCAGAGACAGCUGGACAAGCUGCAGCUCCAGUUGGAUCUGCUGAAGAUUGAGAAGGAAAGCGCCGACGUUACUCACAGUUUCUACCUCGCCCAGAGGUUCCACAUGGUCCAGAUGUUCUGUGGUCACCUGCAAGACCUCCUGAAGGAUCAGAACAGUCUAAGGCAGAGACUGAUGAGACCUCUGGGUCACACCAACCUGCCUGUUCAGGCUCACCUGCACAAGUUUGUGGUGGAUGCUGUGAAGAUGCUGCUGGACUUUAUCGAGACUCUGGAGGAGAACCUGAUCUCAGUCCGCUCCAGUCCGGCUGCCAGAGACCGUCUCGCUCAGCUGAACGCCUCUCUUGCCCAGUUACUGGCUCACGUAGCGGAGGUCGAGUGUUUGUCCAAUCAGGUUCUCCGGUGUAAGGAAGUCUGCAGCUGCAGUACGCAGAGUGACAGCUCUGCAUGCUGACCCCUGACCUUCCUCCUCCUCCUGUUCCUCCUGCUGGAUGGACAAGACGUUGUCUUGUUGUACUCGGUGUUAACUUUCUUUAUUGUGUUUGUUGCAGUUAUUGUGUCAAAUAUUGAUUACUUAAUUUUUCUUGGAAUAAAAUCAGAUUUUGUAAGAAA